GGUGUGAGUUCAUGACUCGCCACACCUAGCACAAGUUUCGCUUGCAAGGGUAGAGGGCGUGAGCUCUACCUGGAUGUUCUCAGGUUCUGCUCUGCUUGAUGUUUUCCGCUCCCCACAAGUGUCAGGGGCAAAUGUCUGUGAGCUCGACUCGGCCGAUUGCUCAUCUCAUCGGGAUCAAACGAUCAGCAGCAACCCAGCUGCCAUGUCACGCCAAAACACAGAUCCAUUUAGGGCGACAGCGAACAGACAGUGCGUUGCCGCGCUAAGAGCGAGGUCGCCCAAGGUUGGAAAUUUUGUAGGCCUUCACUCCUCUUCGUAUUGUUUGAGGCAUAUGAUGGAUAUUAACGCAACCCUGUUUCCUUUCCCCUUCAAUGUGAUACCAUGCCACUGCAGGGCAAGUACACUCUAUUUGCAAGCAUUAUAUGGAUAUAAUGUCGAUACAAGUGUUGACAAGCACCCAUUCGCUUGCUUGGAAGUUGAUCAGCACCAGCAGGUUGAUGAUUUACCGCCGUCGCCGCGGUAUUUGAACUGGUCCCACGCCUGCGCCAUGCAGAUGCCGGCGGCAUCACAUAAAUUUCAUCCAAGGAUCUUGAUCAUCCGUCGCUCCUCUUUUUUUCAUUGUCAUAUCCUAAAGAGGGUCGCUCCAUCGGCAACGAGUCGGGUGGUGACAGUUAUCCUGCGGUCCGCUCCGUGCCUCGGUUUGUUCCAGUGUCAAACACACUGCAAUCCUGGUGCCGUUCACCUCAAGGGACAUGUUCGUGCGUUAUUCCAGACCCAAAAUGGUGUAAAUAUGCUCCAAAGUCCGCGGCUUAGCGUAAUAUCAAACGCUUGAAUGACUCGGGCUGUCUGUUGUGAUGGACCAGCGUACUGAUAGAUCCACGAUAAGGUCAGUCCGGUCCUGCAUGGAAUGAAACGAUAUGGAUACCGUGUCCCGAUGUUGCCGAUUGGACCCUUCAUUUCCCGGUCCUGAGAGCCACGUGUGGUGUUUCAACGGUAGGGCUUAAAAGAGAUCAUCGUGUAAUGCACUGCCGAGACUGCCUUUAGUACACUCGCGUCAAUCGUAGAACGGCAGUUGUAGGCAGUUGUAGGCAGUUGUAGGCAGUUGUAGGCAGUUGUAGGCAGUUGUAGGCAGUUGUAGGC